GUGGAAGGGGAAACACAAACGUGAAGGACUAUGGAGAAGAGACCAUACUCAGUGGCAUGGCUUUCAGAGAGCAGUCAGAGGAAACCCCUCUGCACCAAUGUGGAUCUAUUGGGAUACAAAAGUGGAAAUCCAGACUUGCCGCCUAACAGGGAAUACAAUGUCUCAUUGCCAUCGAGAGUUAUAUUGCCAACUCCGGACUACAGAGAGAAGGAAAAUUAUUGUGGAAGGAAUGUCCACAAUGGAGAGAGAAGCCCACCGGUUAGAGACCAACUGCAUUUCCACCCAGCACCACAAGAGCUUACUACAUCUCGAAGGACUUCAAUAGAGGUUUCCGCUGAGUCAAGCACUGACCAACGAGUCAUUGGCAUGACUGACACCAAUAAGAAGACAAAAUCUGUAUGUGAUGAAGAUGCCGCUUCCAGAGCCCGCACCAAGUUCACCGCUGAGCAGCUGGAGGAGCUUGAGAAGAGCUUCAAGGAGAACAGAUACAUUGGAUCCAGUGAGAAAAGGCGGCUGUCCAAGGUGCUGAAACUCUCUGAGAAUCAGAUCAAAACCUGGUUUCAGAAUAGAAGGAUGAAGUUCAAGCGCCAAACACAAGAUGCAAGGGUUGAAGCUUUCUUUUCAGGACUUUAUUUGCCUUAUUAUGGUUACCCCGACCUUCCAACACCUGGAUAUUCCGUCCAGUCGGAGUUUCCUGUCCUGGCUCCUCAGACAAUGGCAGCCUCAUCUAUUCCAUUUGGCCCUCUGCACUCUACUGUAAUGUCACCUGGACUCCAUCCAGCUAUUCCUUCCGCAAACCUUGGCUCUUAUCCAUGCUCUUCCAUGCUUGUACGCCCAAUACUCAAUGAGCCCACCCGACAAAGAUACAGCCCAUACUAACUGAAAGCAUUCUUGGAGCACCAUUGUUAUUAUUUUUUAUGGACACAUUCAAUUAUUUAUUAUAAGUUAUUACACAAUGUAAAAAAGAGAACAUUCUGUUUUAUUACUAAUUUUAAUAAUAAAAAAAAUCUGUUUUAAUGCA